AUUCUAACAACGACCAUGUUCAAAAGUCUUGUUGAUUGUGUUAACUCUCAGUUGGGAUUGACCGAGAUGUUCGAGGACACUGCCAACUUCACCGGCAUUACUGACGUACCACUUCACGCUGGCAAAGUCGUGCAAAAGGCAUUUAUAGAUGUUAACGAAGAUGGUAGCGAAGCUGCCGCCGUUACGGUGUUCGAAGCCGUUGCGACGAGCUUAUUCAUCCCCAGCCAGCCUCCGACGGUAUUCAAGGUCGACAGGUCGUUCUUCUACGCCAUUUACCACCAUGACGCUAAAGUAACGAUUUUCAACGGAAUCGUGCGCCGACCGCAAUCGGCAUAAGUCGCCGUCUCCACGUCAUUCGAAAUGACGGGGCCAAGUGUAAUCGAAUGAAUAGAGAAAAGUACGAAUGAAUAAAUAACUCGUGCUGUUUAUAAA